AUGGCUGACUUUUAAGAAACGUCAGUGAUGAACCUGUGGUGACAGCUGAAUUUGCGACGAUAAUUUUAUCAUUUUUCGUUCGGACUUUUAAGCAAAGCUGGUUUUUGUGGACGAUGAGUAAUAAAAGCGAGGAACUCGAUGCCAAAGGCUCUAACUAUAAUCGGAGCAGAUAUGAACGACGGUCAAGAUCACGAUCUCCCAACGAUAGGCGUCAUAAACAAUAUUCCAGCGAUAAAAAUCGGUACGAGUCGGCAAGGUCAUCAAAAGUACACAGAUCUGAAGAUGACUCCGACGACGAGAGCAUUCAACCUCCACCACCUCCACGAAUCGGCAAGGUAUCCAUGGCAUUUGGAGGAGCAGCAAAGAUAGCGCCUGUUCAAAUGAAGCUAGCUGCACCGAAGCCGCAAGAACCCACCAAAAAAAUCAAAGUCGCUUCAGUUUUCAGCAACGACAGUGACGAAGAAGUGGAAGAAAUGCCACCGGAAGCGAGAAUGAGAAUGAAAAAUAUCGGCAGAGACACCCCAACGUCAUCCGGUCCGAAUUCGUUCGGCAAGACGAAGCAAGGUUUCUGUGACGCAAAAAAGAUUUUCGAGAAAAAUAUGCGAGACGAUUAUUUCGAUUGAAAUGUGUGCACUCGGAAGCUGUUUUACAGACUCUAUCCCCGUUUCCAAUGGAAGCUCCAAUUUUAUUUUACUUUGGUUUCAUCGAAUAACGAAUUCACAUUAAUUGAAUCAAUUUACGUCGCUAGAAUGGAAUAACCGACACGCUGUUGAACUUUCAAUUCGACCAUUGAGCCUCGUGUGUGUGUAUAUAUAAUGCAGCAACUUAAGUAAAUAAAUCAAAUGUUCGUUAUUGAUAA